UUGUAUUGCAGCAGUCUCAACGAAAGCGUCGAACCAACCUAAUCGCAUCGAACACCCGAUUAAACGACGGCUGCUGCUGCUUCCUUUGAGCUGAGCUAUCUUUAAUCAAAAAAAAUAAAAAAUAAACAACAAAAAAUCACGCCAACAACCCACCUAAACUUAACCAAACCUAAACCAAGCUCUCUGCUGGAGUACAACUAAAGGCAAACUCAACUACGUAAACUCGACUAAAACUGAAGCAGAAACAGGAGCAGAAGCAGAAAGCUGUUAAAACUUUUACUUUUACUAUUACUCGUACAAAACUAAACUAAAGAGGAACUGGCCAAAAGCCCAGCCGGGGCCAAGUGAGCAAAAUGAACGACAGUCGACGCAACACGGCCACAGAAUUUAGCUACAUUCUUCAGCGUCAGGGCAGCGAUGUGUCCGUUGCCGAGGCCUAUGCAUUCGACGACUUCAACAAUUUAAUGAAGAACAACCAUCAGCCGACACAUCAGCAACAGGGACAGCAGCCACAGCAACAGCAGCCGCAGCAGCAGCAACAAAAUCCUUCCCAGCAACGGCAACAGCCACAGCAACCACAGCAUGCCACGCUGGUCGACACAUUGUCCUCGUUGCCACAGGCCUCGUUCAACUAUAUCAACUCCAUUGUAGGCAGUGGCGUCAUUGGCAUACCAUACGCCCUGCACCGGGCCGGGUUCGGCCUGGGCCUGGCCCUGCUCAUCCUCGUCGCCUACAUCACCGAUUACUCACUCAUCCUAAUGGUCAGAUGCGGCCACAUUUGUGGCAGGUUCAGCUAUCCGGGCAUCAUGGAGGCUGCCUACGGGAAGUACGGCUACUACCUGCUCUCCCUGCUCCAGUUCAUGUAUCCCUUUCUGGCCAUGAUAUCGUACAACGUUGUCGUGGGCGAUACCCUGUCCAAAGUGCUCGUUCGCUUCUUCCCCUCCUGGGGCGCCUCGAUGGGCGCUGUUCGACUGGGCGUGGUCUUCUUUGUCAACGUCGGCGUUGUGAUGCCCCUCUGCCUGUACAAGAACGUCUCCCGCCUGGCCAGGGCCAGCUUCAUCAGCCUGGCCUGCGUCGUCUUCAUCCUGUUUGCCGUCAUCAUCAAGCUCAUGUCCGGCGAUUAUAAAGUAACGGACACUGCGGAUUCGUGGAGCUUUGCUAACUCGGAUGUCAUACCAGCCACGGGCAUCAUGGUCUUUGCUUUCAUGUGUCAUCACAAUACGUUCCUCGUUUAUCAAUCGAUGCGCGACGCGACCAUGGAGCGCUGGGAGAAGGUUACCCACAUUUCGAUUGGUUUCGCCUGGACUGUGGCGGCCCUGUUCGGCAUCGCUGGAUACUCCACCUUCCGUGCCCUGUCCCAAGGCGACCUCCUGGAGAACUAUUGCUGGGAUGACGACCUGAUGAACUUCUCGCGUGUUCUCUUCUCCAUUUCCAUACUGCUGACUUUUCCCAUCGAAUGCUUCGUUUCUCGAGAGAUUGUACGCGCAUUAGUCCAUCGGUUCGUGCUGAAGGAACCCAUCAGUGAGUUUACCCAGGACAAGGACCCCAACUUGGAGAAGGGAGCCAUCAUCGAUGAGUACUCGAAAGCCAUUACCAUGGCCAUCGUCUUCAGCGCCUUCAUCAUAUCGCCCAUGACCGACUGUCUCGGCUCGGUGCUGGAACUCAACGGUCUCCUGGCAGCCAUACCCCUGGCUUAUAUACUUCCCGGCCUGGCCUACAUCCGGAUGGAACCGCACGCCCUCUUCAGCCGCGAGAAGCUGCCCGCCCUGGGCCUGGUGGUGUUCGGUGCCCUGGUGACCAUCCUGGGAGCUGCGGUGCUGCUGCCCGGCCUAAUGGGCGAUGAUUGUCGGUCGGAUAUUGUGCUGGGCUACUGCCGGCAGGAGUUCCAGAAUGCCACCGCCGAUGUGGCCUCCUCAAAAACGGUGGAUUAGUCCGGGCAAUAGGAAGGGUAAUGGGAACGGAAUCGAAGCCAAAACGCAUUACUUCUGGCCAUUAGUAGUUGCAAAUCGGCGGGCUGGGAUCAUUGUUGUGUUCGUAUUUAGGUUUGGAGCUCUUGAUUUUACUCUCGGUUUUACAGCUGCACCUUCGCAAAGAAAGAAACUUGUACCUGAGCCUCAGAUACUCAAAAGCACGAGUAUCUGUGGAAGUAAGUAGUAGGCAAAGUACUGUAUGGUACAGUGGGAAAUGGGAAGUGAUACGAGUGAAUCUCAGUACAAAGGCAAGGAAUUUUCUCUCUCCCUGAUCGAGUAACCACGGUCUGGUUAUAAUGCACCCGAAAAUCAAAAACCCAUUCGUUUGUACAUUUCGUUGGAUCCCACUUGAUGUUGAUGUUGUUCAGCCCCAGAAUAUUGAUGUAGUGAAAGUUCCUCGAUGUAUUGUAUCCCAUAAAAAGCAAGAAUUCCAAAACCAAAUCAAACGAAACUAGAACUAGAUGUUAUCCGUAGCUUUAGCGUAUUCUGAAACUAUUUGGGCACCAAUAUACACCUGCAAUCCAUUCCAUUGAGAAAUACGAGUAUGAAUCCAAAGUUGAGAAUCAAAUCAAAAUCAAACAAAGUAUUAUUAAAACAUAAAUUUGUAACUAUGUAUAUGUAUAGUAUGUAUGUUAUCGGAUCAUAUUGCAACGUUUUAUAUAUGUAUAUGUAUGUACUAUAUAUGUCUACAGACAUACAGACAGAGAAUCGCUUUGGCUCCCAGACACGAAGAAGCUUUAUCCAAACAUACAAUCCUUUCCAUAUACAAAUCUCCUACGCAUCGAUCGGACAACAGUUUUGAGUUGUUAACAGCACUGAAUUCUAUUUUGAAUUAACUUACACUUAUACAUAUACACAUAUACUCAGACACUCAGAGAUUUAUAUAUACACAUAGAUAGGUAUAUUUUUGUACAACUCUUGGUUUAUAUUGCACGAUAUUAUGUACAUAACAACAACUACUGCAUUUUUGGAAGUGAUUCAAGUUUUUACAUUUGGUCAAACCAACAACACACAACGCUUUCCAUCACAAUCACUCACUUCUUACCUCUGCUCUGGCUAAGAGAACCAACCAACUGAAGACACUGCAGACCCAAACCCACGAUCGACUCUACUCUAAGAGCUUAGACACAACAUAUCAUGGCCAAGGAACACAGGACACAACCAAGGGCUUUUCUAAGAUACUAUUUACAAGAUCUACAAUAACCAACUGAAACUAUCGCUUAUACACAAGGAAAACGGAAAACGGAAAACGGAAAACAGAAACAAAUUUCUCUUGUAUAUACACUCUAUUCUAUACAACUGCUUUUUCGUAUGAUAUCUCUCAUAUAUAUGUAUUCCAUUCGCCAAACAAAUCUCGUUGUUUCUUUAUAUCAAAUAUAGCUACAUGGUGUGGGGAUGAUAACUCUUUAAAUUAGGGAAUACAACACACGAUGUUGAAUCGAAUAGAACCAAAAUGGGAAUCGAAUAAACGUAUUAUGAUUAUAAUUGUAUUAUGCAUGUACUUAGUACGUAUCGUAUACCAAAUUAUACCUACUAUGCAUCUACUAUAUAGACAAUUGUUUAGAAUCGAAUUAUCUGGGACGAUGGAUCAUAGUAUUUGUUGCGAAUAUAUAGGAGUUAUACUAAUUUAUAUACGAGUGCAUACACCAAAGAUAACCAAAGCAAACCAACUCGGAUCAAAUUUCAUUCAAAUAAUAUGUUUAGAUAAGCAUAUGAAAUUCAACAGCAAGAUAUAUGUACUUACAAUAAUAAAGAAUGUAUUUU